CUCGAGCCGAGAAACUCGAGCCGAGCAACCAGUAGGUUGAUGGGGAAACAACAACAAGCUAGGCAUCAUGAGGGUCCCCGGAACUCUGAUUUGGGCGGUUUUUCUCAUCCAAAAGGUGGUGGGAGAAUAUGGCAUGGCCCACUUCAGUGAUAAGGGCAAGAGCAAGGGAAAGGAUUACUGCAUAUUCUUCAACUCACAGUGGGCACGUCUACCUCAGGACCUCAACAAAGCAUCCCGUCUUCAGAUCUAUGACCUGACAUCGUCAGUCCUGUGCUUACCCUCUGACGUCCCAGAGGGAGGCUUCCCAAAUCGCAUCCCCAUGGUGAUGAGGGGCAACUGCACUUUCUAUGAGAAGGUCCGACUGGCCCAGCUUAAUGGUGCCAAGGGCCUGCUCAUUGUCAGCAAGGAUAGACUGACUCCACCAGCAGGAAAUAAGACACAGUAUGAAGAGAUUUCUAUUCCUGUUGCACUGCUUAGCUACACUGAUAUGUUGGACAUAAGCAAGAGUUUUGGUAAAGGAAGACAGGUUGCCAUGUAUGCACCCAAUGAGCCUGUAUUGGACUACAACAUGGUUAUCAUUUUUUUGAUGGCCGUUGGAACAGUUGCCAUCGGAGGCUACUGGGCAGGAAGCAGAGACAGCAAAAAGCGCUACAUGAAACACAAACGUGAUGACAGUGCAGAGAAACAAGAUGAGGAGACAGUGGAUGUCACUCCCAUCAUGAUCUGUGUGUUUGUGGUCAUGUGCUGCAGCAUGCUGGUGCUUCUAUACUUCUUCUAUGACCGCCUUGCCAUCUGGGUCAUAGCCAUCUUCUGUGUGGCUUCCUCUGUGGGCCUCUACAGCUGCCUCUGGCCUUUCGUCCGGAGGCUGCCCUUCUGCAAGUGCAGGAUCCCAGAGAACAACCUGCCAUACUUGCACAAGCAGCCACAGGUCCGCAUGUUGCUACUGUCAGCACUCUGCAUCAGUGUCAGUAUCACCUGGAUGGUGUUUCGCAACGAAGACCAGUGGGCGUGGGUGUUACAGGACGCCCUGGGGAUCGCCUUCUGUCUCUACAUGCUCAAAACAGUCCGACUGCCCACAUUUAAGGCGUGUACGUUACUGCUGGCGGUGCUUUUUGUCUAUGAUGUUUUCUUUGUAUUUAUUACACCCUUCUUUACAAAGAGCGGUGAAAGUAUCAUGGUGGAGGUCGCGGCUGGUCCCUCUGACUCCGCCACUCAUGAAAAGCUUCCUAUGGUGCUCAAAGUGCCAAGGUUAAACUCGUCUCCUCUGGCUCUGUGUGACCGGCCCUUCUCCCUCCUGGGCUUCGGCGAUAUCUUGGUACCAGGUCUGUUGGUGGCAUACUGUCACAGGUUUGACAUUUUAACGCAGUCCUCCAGGAUCUAUUUUGUGGCCUGUACAAUUGCGUACGGCGUGGGCCUGCUCAUCACCUUCGUGGCCCUGGCUGUGAUGCAGAUGGGUCAGCCGGCCCUGCUCUACCUGGUGCCUUGCACUCUGCUCACCAGCCUCAGUGUAGCGCUGUGGCGCAGGGAGCUGCCCCAGUUCUGGACUGGAAGUGGAUUUGUGCCUCCCAUAGCGCUCACACCGAUCAACUGUACACAAACUGCAGCGCCGCCGACAGAGGGCCCCUCGACAAAACCAGACACAGAACCCAUAGAGGCCGCCAGUCAGAGCGAAGACACGCCCACACAGCCUCAGGAAACACUCCAAGAAGAGAACGACCAAGACGAACACAAAGCCAACUGAAAGGACUAGUAUGGCAUUCUUAUUUCACUUAUUGCUAUUUUUUCAUCAUCGAGGGUUUUUUUUUUUUCUACAUUGUGUAUGCAUAAAUGGAUAUUUUAAGUCUUGAUGUGUAUUUGCACGUGAUGCAAAGGGAAGAGUGGAAGAUGAUCUACGAGCCUACCGGCUGACUCAGUAGACACCGGUUUAAGGCACGUGAUGGAGGCAUUAAAACUGAUGAACACAUGAAUGAAAGUUGCACAGCAUCCACCCAUACAGACUGUACCUCCUUUAAUGAUGACGAUGAUAAUGUAAUGAAGAGCAGCCCGCCAUUUAACACUGAAUAUUCCCAGUACACUCAGCCUUAAAGCCCAGUUACACAGUAGUACUAACAUCUCCUGCUCUAAACUUUGACAUUUUUAUACAUUUCUGCGGUAAGAGUCCAGAUGCAUCCUUUUAGGAACUUGGGUUCAUGCUCAAGCAAACAGGUUUUGUAUCAGGGGUA